AUGCCCCAUCCUAUCUAUGGCAUCUUCUGGAUCUAUUUCUACAUGAGCACGGGAAAAUAUCUCCUCGAGUUUUCCUUGCUUCUUGACAGAAAUAUCUUUCAUCCUGCUAGUUGUAAGCUGACCAAGACUCUCAAUUUCCACUUCAUCCUGCUAAAUCAUAUCCAUAGCAAGGGCAUCAAGAACAAUGACUUCAUCACCAUAAGUUGA